GCAAAAGCAAAAAAGAACCCUGCAGCUAAGAUUCCAUUUUCCAUUACCAUGAACCUUCCAUGUGAUACCCAUUGAACCAAAAUCACUCAAAAAGGUGUCUCUUUUCUUUCCCGUUUUUUCAACGAAGUGUACGCAUAAAGUUUUGCUGCUUUUAAUCUGAAUAUUUUUGUUCAUAAAUUAAUUUUAAAAGGGAAGAAGAGGAAACGGAUCUGGUAGUUUUCUUGAUUCUUCUCCGUUGAAGUAAAGCUCUCCCAUUUUGGUUUACCAUACUGCUGAGUCCAUCUUCUUCACAUACAGGUGUUGAUUUGGAUUUGUUUGAUUGAAUUUGUUGUCUUGGGUAAGUAGUUGGAUUUGUUUUGAUCUCCGUUGAUUGCUUUAUGUGAUGGGAGGCAAGAGUUCGCGGGAGGGGAGUUGGAGGCAGACUUCGUCUCUUCGUUCAGAUUCUCGUUCAGGUUCAUAUUCAUGGGGAUCUCAAUAUGGGUUUUCUCAAUCACCUUAUGGUUAUGAACAUCAAAAUUUUGCCCCUGAGACAAGUUAUGGGCCACAGCCAAGUUAUGCUUCACAACCAAGUUAUGCUUUGCAGCAAAGUUAUGCAUCACAGCCAUAUUAUCCGCCUCCUUCCACUUCUCAAGAUAACAGAAGUGGUAAUAAAACAUUUGAACGGAAGUAUUCAAGAAUUGCUGAUAACUACAAUUCCUUAGAACAGGUGACUGAGGCUUUAGCACAUGCUGGUCUUGAGUCUUCCAAUCUCAUUGUCGGCAUUGAUUUCACAAAGAGUAACGAGUGGACAGGGGCAAGGUCUUUUAAUAGGAAAAGCUUGCAUUACAUCGGAAAUGGUCUUAAUCCAUAUGAGCAAGCAAUAUCUAUUAUUGGUAAAACCUUAGUUGCCUUUGACGAAGAUAACUUGAUUCCAUGUUUUGGAUUUGGAGAUGCAUCAACACAUGAUCAAGAUGUUUUCAGUUUCCAUAUAGAUGAGAGAUUUUGUAAUGGGUUUGAGGAGGUUCUAAGCCUCUACCGUGACAUUGUGCCUUGUUUAAAACUUGCAGGACCAACAUCCUUUGCCCCCAUUAUAGAGAUGGCCAUGACAAUUGUUGAGCAAAGUGGUGGACAGUACCAUGUAUUGUUGAUAAUUGCUGAUGGACAGGUAACUAGGAGUGUUGAUACUGAGCGCGGGCAGCUAAGUCCACAGGAACAGAAAACCGUAGAAGCAAUUGUAGAAGCUAGUAAGCUUCCCUUAUCAAUUAUAUUGGUUGGGGUUGGAGAUGGACCUUGGGACAUGAUGAAGGAAUUUGACGAUAACAUUCCUGCUCGAGCGUUUGAUAAUUUCCAGUUUGUGAAUUUCACGGAAAUUAUGUCAAAGAAUAGAGAUCAAUCACGGAAGGAGACAGAAUUUGCGCUUGCUGCUUUGAUGGAAAUUCCUUCUCAGUAUAAAGCAACAAUAGAGCUUAAUCUAUUGGGUCGUCGGAAAGAGAAUAUUCCUCAGAGGGUUCCCCUUCCUCCACCUCUAUAUGGUGCUGCGUCUUUUAGUAGCUUGAAACCUUCUCGCAUCCCUAGUUUUCAACCAAGUGUGCCUUCCUAUCCAAGUGAGAGUAGACCUGUCAGCAGUGCCCCACCAGCUACAAGUUCUACCUAUGAUAACCAGCUUUGUCCCAUUUGCCUAAGUAAUUCAAAAGACAUGGCCUUUGGUUGCGGACAUCAGACUUGUUGUGAAUGUGGACAAGAACUUCAGUUAUGUCCCAUUUGUCGAAGCCCGAUUGAGACCAGAAUAAAGCUCUAUUAACAAAGCAGCAGCCUCCUUAUCGUAACUUCGACCAGAAAUUCUUUAUAUUCGUUAACCUAACAGUGAUGGUGAUAGAUGUUGAUAUAUAAUUAUCUGAAUGGGAAAAAAAUGGAAUCCAUCUUCACCUGCUGUACAUUUUGAUCCAAUUCUUUUGUUUGUUUCCUUAUGAUCUAUUGGUUACUCUGUGAGGGAUAUGUACAUGCAGUCAGCUAGUGCAUGGUUGUGAAUACGUAGUCAUUCAAAAUUAUCUGGUAGAUUUACUUGUUUCAGGAGUUGGAAGUUAUGUUUGCUUGAGAAUUUUCUUUAGCAUUUUGUAGUAA